UCUGUUAUAUCGAAAUAACCCCUGUUACCAAUAUAAAAUUAAAUUGCUGAGUUUCCCAUUGCAUUGACGUCAAUGCAAUAGGAAACCGAUGUUAUUUUAAUUAGCGAUAAUAAUAUUUCUUCAGUUUUGGAUUGGACUUCCGUCGGGCAACUUUCUUUCUAUUUUCUUGUGAUUCUAAUUAUUUUUCAAUACAUUUUUAUUUUAGCCAAUUAAAUAGUUUUUUUUAAAAACCAUUUUCCGACCCACUCCGUAACAGUGGUGUCAGAAGUGGGAUACCAGUGUUGAUAUCGCCGUAAUCGUUCCACUGGUAUUCCAUAACGGGUCGUGUGUGUCCUGAAAACUGAAAAGUUAUCGUGUGUGAACUUCACGUUGCCGACGAGAUAAUCCAGCUCCGGGGUGUCUAUAUUUUCUCUAAGUGAAAUCACACCUCGACAAACUCAGUGCCAUCUCCAAAGACGAGUCGCGACAGUAAGCCUUACGAGUGUCCUGCGUAAGCCUGCCGAUCGUCCCGAAUUUCCAAAUUCUAUCUCCCAGAGCUCAAUAUACGCGAGCUCUGUCACCUUGAUAUCGCCGCAAGGAGCCGGUGAUCGCCCUUGCCGCCCUGCCACGCGGAGCUGCCGCGUGGUGCUGCCACGUGUACGCGUUGUGCACGCGCGUGUGCCGUACAUCGCCACCCCGCUGUUCCUGACGUUCCUGCUGCUGCUGGCCGCGACUUAUCGCGCCGCAGUCCUCCUGUUCCAGUAAUCGUGCUAAUUCAGUGCCAGAAAAUGCGUAUCGAAUUCUUCGUGUUCCUGUGUCUAUCGACGCUGUCAUCGCCGAUCACAUGCGAAUACGUUUCUUCUAUCGUCAGCAGUCCUGGCGUCUACUUUGAUAAGCUUCUAGACAUUAAGUUCACUAAUAGUGAUUGGAAUGUUAUAGCAUAUGUUGAUAUAGGUCAUGUACAACCUAAUUUAGAUAAGGUCGAAUUUUUAUUUGAAAAGCUCAAUGUAUUCUGCAACUCGUUAGCUUCUUCUAAGAUACAGUCCGACUGUAUCAAUUCGUUGUCCGCUCUAAAAAAUCGUCAUAUUCUUAACGUUAGUAAGUUUUCUUCCGUAUCUUAUUUAUUGGUCGACGAAAAACCCCAUAUGCGUUUUAAAAGAGGUCUCAUGGACUUCGGUGGCUCUCUCCUUAAAACUAUUUUUGGCACUUUGGAUUCUGAAGACGCGGUGAGAUUUUCGAAAGCCAUAGACGAAGUACAAACUGAUGAGAAACGUCUCGCUCAUCUCAUGAAAGAUAACAUUCAUGUAAUUAAGUCGACCAUAUCAUAUUUCAAUAACACGAUAUCUAAGGUCAACGAAAACGAAAACCACAUUUUAAGGAACAUGGAAACAAUCCAUAAAAUACUAGAAACUGUUGUAAAUAGUAACAACAAGCUAGAAAUUAAAUCUGAAUUAAGUUCCUUAUUAAAUUCAUUAGAGUCUAUUAUAAUGACUUUGUCUUUUGAUAUCGAAGAUAUUAACAAUGCCAUUCUAUUCGCAAAACUCAACGUGUUGCAUCCCACUGUACUCAGUCCACACCAAUUGUACAGUGAGUUAGAUAAGCAUAGGAAUAAUCUUCCUAGCCAUUAUGAACUUCCCGUUCCUUUAACGCUACAAAAUAUACACAAUCUUAUUGACAUUUCACAACUUGUGUGCUUUUUCCAUUUAAAUAAGGUAAUUAUUGUUGUCAAGAUCCCUCUCGUAUUACCUCAGGUGUAUGACCUGUAUAGGAUCAUUCCCUACCUGUUCCCUACGAUAUGUUGAAACCAGAUACCUACGUUCUUAUCGAGCCAACUAGCUCAUAUGUAGCAAUCACAGCUGAUCGCAUGUUUUA